UUCACUUCCUUAUAUGCGCCAUCUUAGUUGGGGAUAGGCGUUAGAAACGCCGCCUGAGCUACGCCCUCUUACAUAUUCCUCCCGGAAGUGCUUGUGUUUCCUGGCGACCGGUGACAGGCGGUGGUCUAACUCCAGGAUGAAUGUUGGGGUGGCUCAUAGUGAAGUGAACCCCAACACAAGGGUACUGAACAGUCGAGGGAUAUGGCUGGCUUACGUUAUAUUGGUGGGCUUCCUACACAUCAUACUGCUGAGUUUCCCCUUCUUCAGUGUUCCAAUUGUCUGGACCCUGACUAAUGUCAUCCAUAACCUUGUGAUGUACCUGUUCCUGCACACUGUUAAAGGUACUCCUUUUGAGACUCCUGACCAAGGAAAGGCAAGGCUACUCACCCACUGGGAACAGAUGGACUAUGGCAUCCAGUUCACUUCAUCUCGCAAGUUCCUCACUAUUAGUCCUAUUGUGCUAUACUUACUUGCCAGCUUUUACACAAAGUAUGAUCCUGCCCAUUUCCUUAUCAACACAGUCUCGCUGCUCAGUGUCCUCCUUCCAAAACUUCCACAGUUUCAUGGUGUAAGGAUAUUUGGGAUCAACAAGUAUUGAAGAGGAUCUCUAAGCAACUUAUAUCCAACAUGUAUCAUAUAGUGGUUAACUAAAUAUCAUAUCAUUCUUUGUGCCUUCAAAUGGAGGCUGUCUACACUGGACUGCCUAGCAUGGUGUAUCGAGAAGGAUAUGUGUUCCAGACUGAAGCCACAUAUAAUGCCAUUCAGCAUCAAGAGAUAACAAAAAUGGUUUUAUGACAAAACUUGCCUAAUGUACUGCAGUGAUUUAAGUACAAGAGUUUACACUGUGAUAAUAAAUAACACCAGUCGGUGAUGUAAAUGUUGCAUCAUGACCCCUGUGCUACAAUCAGGCAUGGGGUUAUGUUGUGCAACAAGGACUUUGUAUAGUAGGGGACCAAACUAUAGCAACUAUGCACAAUUCAUGUAACUGCUUUUGUGCAAUUAGGGUGAAUGGGGCAUUUUAAUAUUCAUUGUCUAUGAAAAGUUAGGGCUUUGUUUAAUAGGGAAAAGGAUGAGGUGUAUCCUUACACUAACAAAGACUAGUAGGGCCUGAUAAGCUUUUGACAUUAUGAAAAUUAGUUCUCUGCAUGUGCAUCAUUAAGACAAGUCUAGAUUCCAUUAUACAAACAGCCUGGGGCAAAUCUAAAUUAGGUAGUAUUUUCCAUUCAAGGCAAUUCUGUCUGGUCUACUGGCCCUCCAGCCUGCCCUCUGCAUUCUCACCCCCCAUCAUCACCACUAGCCACCUCUCCUCUGUUCCCAUGAGGUUACACUCACUCCUCCUUGUUUAUUGAUGCUAGUCUCCUGUUCCCCCAAGUUGUCACUCACUCUUCUGCUGGCGGUCUGCUUGUCAGCAGUCUGCUGGGAACUGCGCCCUAACUCCAGAUCUUGCUCUGGUCUGGAGAAAUCAGAAUGUAUCAGUAAUCUACUUGCUCUUUCUUCCUUCUUUUAUCCUAAAAAUAUACAGAAUAUGACUAAAAUCCUAACUGAAAAGGACUGUUGGCAAAAAGAAAUUCCAGAUUAUGUGCAGAACACAUAUACAGUAGAGUGUUGCUUCCCACAUCAGUGCAGAUUGUAUGUAAACUCCAAACUGCGUUGGAUUAGUGCAUUUUUUAAGAUGGUGGGUUUGUAGAACUAACACUUCACCUGAAAAAAUCCUUAAUUUCUUUGCUGCUUAGGGAUAUGACAUGUUGCAUAAAUUUUCUAGAAAUGUGGCUUCUCGGCUGUUUUUGGUGCAAAUGAUUCUGUUAUAGGGAGAGAGAGCAAUUCAUCUGAAUGUUAGCUGCUCAUUAUUGUGUUUAUUAGAGCUCUCUCCCUCGCACACAGGGGCAAUACACACCCAUCUCUUAUCCCAUAUUUUAUUCCUUAUCUUAUCCCAUUUGUCUAAUAUCAGAUUCUGCUACUGGCACAGAAAAUCAAGGAGGAUUUGUAAAUUUCACAAGUGUAAGAAGUAAAAUAGAGACUACAGAAUCUUUACAUUUUAUGUAUUAAUUACUGUACUGUUGAUGGUCCCGUCUUUAUAAAAUAGAUCAUUUGAAAAUAAAGUUCUGACUGGAUACACGA